AUGAGGGACCCUCACCGCAAUCCCACAUCCUCGGGCUGCAAUGCGCGCGCCCGAAUGCAGAGGCCCGCGCGCGCCCGAGGGAAGAAUGGGAGGGCGCGAGGGCAGCCCAAGCCCCGCCCCCUCUGCUCUUAUAAAGCUGAGGCACCGGAGCCGGACACUCAGUGGUUUCUUGGUGACACUAGCCGGAACAGCUCGAGCCUUGCCACCUCUGGUUUCUCACCGCGGCUUGGACGGUGGGGUUUUGCCAGUGCCAGAGCGACGUCUCAGACUUUCACCUCCCAGACCUUGGCAGAUCACCCCCUCGGCAGAUGGAAUAAGUGGGCUCUAAGUCGUGGCAAGAGGGAACUUCGGGUGUCCAGCAGCUACCCCACAGGGCUCACUUACGUGAAGGCCGGGCCAACCCAGACUCUCAUUCGGCCCCAGGACGUGAAGGUCGCCACUCACAACCCCCAGGCCAGCAGUCCGGACGCCGCCCGCGUCCGAGUCAAGCGCUACCGCCAGAGCAUGAACAACUUCCAGGGCCUGCGGAGCUUCGGCUGCCGCUUCGGAACGUGCACGGUGCAGAAACUGGCGCACCAAAUCUACCAGUUCACGGACAAGGACAAGGACGGCGUCGCCCCCAGGAGCAAGAUUAGCCCCCAGGGCUACGGCCGCCGGCGCCGGCGCUCCCUGCCCGAGACUGGCCCCAACUGGACUCUGUCCCUGGAGCCACAGGCACGCGCGGUUCCGGCCUCCUCCCGGGUGCAUCAGGUGCUCGACACCCUCCUUAAGAUUUAG